AUUAGAUUAACUCGCGUUGGUGAAACCGGGCCCUACUCUGACAUGCACUGUGCACCCCAUAGAUUGUAUCCUAGGCAAAGUCCAAACCGUCGAAUUUCUUUACGUAAGCAAUUUCUUGCUGGUGAAAAGACAAAUAUUCAAGAUGAGUCGUUUUAUGAAAGUUCUCAAGAGCAAAGAAACCCGUGACUAUUUCACGAGCACACACUUCUGGGGACCAGCUGCUAACUGGGCGAUACCAAUUGCUGCCAUCGCUGAUAUUCAAAGAGAUCCCAAGUACAUCAGUGGAAAAAUGACCCUUGCCUUAUGCUUAUAUUCAGCAAUGUUUAUGAGAUUUGCAAUCAAGGUGCAGCCACGCAACAUGCUUCUAUUUGCCUGCCACAUUGUCAAUGAGGGUGCACAAAUUACGCAGGGUUCUAGAUUUAUUAAACAUCAUUAUCUUAGUAAGAAGGAACAGUAAAUUGAAAGAUAUAUGUGAUAUUUACUUUGCCAAAGUAAGUAGGGUUUUAUAUUAAUGUAUCAAAGAUUGUGUAUUAUAUAAAAUUAAUAUUUGUUAAACAUAUAAAUAUAUAGACAAAAAUUGAUGAAUAAUAAACGUAAAUGUGUUAUCAAAUUUUCUCUCCACUAAUUUUAAAAAA